AUCAUGCUGGGGAGGCACCCAGGCUGGGGGAGAAGUUAAACCAAGGGAGGGGCAGGAAUGUCUGAGGCAGCAACACCACUCCAAGGCAGCUCCAGCCAUGCAGUCAGUUCACCCACAGACCACAGGCUCUGGGCCUCGGCUCCUCCCUCAGCCCCCUCAUCAGAACCUAGAGCUACCUGGUGCUGGAAAGGCUGCUAUGAACCAGCUCAUCAGCUUAAGCAAUGCCAUUGUGGAAAAUCGGAUUUUUACCUAUAUGGGGGUUUAGGGCUGGGGGUGCUCCUGCUCCUGCUUGUGGUCGUUCUGUCCAUCUGCCUGUAUCGGCUCUACAGGAGAGUGAAGAGGCUGGAGAGAAGCUGGGUCCAGGCCUCAAAAGAGGAGCUCCACUAUGCAUCCUUGCUGAGGCUGCCUGAACGCGAGGGACCUGACAUCCAAGGAAGGGAAGGCAACAAGGAGGACCCCAGCGGGGACUAUGCCUGCAUUGCCAAGAACAAACCCACCUGAAUACCUGCAGAUGCCUCCCCCAACCCAGGGCCAUCCUGUGGUUCACCCAGUAAAGACCAUGGUCUCACCA